AUGGCUGAAGCAUUAUUACCAGCUGAUGAAAAACACAAAUUAAUUACACGUAAUCUUCAAGAAGUUAUUGGUGAUGAUCGUUUACGAAAGAUUUUGGCAGAACGUGAUCUUCGUGUUUAUUGGGGAACAGCAACAACAGGUCGACCUCAUAUUGGUUAUUUUGUACCAAUGACUAAAGUAGCUGAUUUUUUACAUGCUGGUUGUGAAGUAACAAUACUUUUUGCUGAUCUUCAUGCUUUUUUGGAUAAUAUGAAAGCACCAUGGGAAUUAUUAGGUCAUCGUACUGUUUAUUAUGAACAUGUAAUUAAAGGAAUUUUAAAAUCUAUUGGUGUACCACUUGAAAAAUUAAAAUUUGUACGAGGAACUGAUUUUCAACUAUCUCGAGAAUAUACACUUGAUGUUUAUCGUUUAUCUUCUGUUGUCACAGAACAUGAUGCUAAAAAGGCUGGUGCAGAAGUUGUUAAACAAGUUUCCUCUCCGUUACUUAGUGGUUUACUCUAUCCAGGUUUACAAGCUCUUGAUGAGGAAUAUUUAAAAGUUGAUGCUCAAUUUGGUGGUGUUGAUCAAAGAAAAAUUUUUACAUUUGCUGAAGAAAAUUUACCAAGUCUUGGUUAUGCAAAACGUAUUCAUUUAAUGAAUCCAAUGGUUCCUGGUUUAUCUGGUGAAAAAAUGAGUGCAAGUGUUGAAGAUAGUAAAAUUGAUUUACUUGAUACACCUGACCAGGUUAAAAAGAAACUUAAGAGAGCUUUUUGUGAACCAGGAAAUAUUGAAAAUAAUGGUGUACUUGCAUUUUGUAAAGGUGUUAUUUUUCCAUUACUCAAGGAUGAAAGUCUAGUACUUCCACGAUCAGCUGAAUAUGGCGGACCAAUGACGUUUAUUAAUUACACUCAAUUAGAAGAAAGUUUUGCUAAACAAGAAGUACAUCCAGGUGAUCUUAAGAAUGGUGUUGCAAUAUAUCUUAAUCGAUUACUUGAUCCAAUUCGAAAAGAAUUUGAACCUGAAAGCAUGCAGAAAAUAAUAUUAAAUGCUUAUCCACCACCAGUUCCAGUGCAACAGAAAAAGAAAAAACCAUCUGGUCAAAAAGGACAACGACCCACUACAACAACAACAGCAAAUGUAUCUGAAUUAGCACAAAAUGUGGAAGAAAAUCUUAUCAUUGAAAAUGGCGCAAGUUCAAAACCGACAGCUGGCGAAGAAAAAUCUCAGUCAACAAUCAAUCAAAAUGACAAAGCUUAA